GCGGCUCAACCAACGGAGAGAAUUCGAUAACGUGAACGCAACUCGUUUGUUUCGAUGUCGUCAGCUCGUCAGAACAUUCUGUGUGCGUUUGUAAAUUGUACUAAUUAGGCACGGGCUUGCUGGCAAAACAGUAGCUUCAUCUAUUACUGCCCUAACGCCCAUGUUACACAACGCUGCCGCGGUCCGAUCCGCUCCGUGUUAUCAGUUAGCAUCGAAAGCGACGCAGUUCAACGCUUCAAGAGAUUUUAACUAUACAUCUCGUGGUCAUUAUGUACCUAUUAAUUGUCAGUGUGUGCGUGAAGUGGACUUAAAUAGUGAAAAGAGAUCCAACGAGAUGAUUGUUAUUGUACAGCCAUCCCGUUGGAUUAUGGUCCAUUAUAAAGGUAUAAAUAAAUAAAUACAGUAUUGCAGAAAUGGAUCCAAUAUUGGAAAAUGAAUCGGCUACGGCUGAUGCUUCACCCAAAUUCGGAAAGUCAAAAAACAAGAAAAAAAAGAACCAUGUAGAAGCUAACCAGACCGUGGUGGGGGAGAAAAAGAAAUUUGUAGUUACUAAAUUAUCAACGAUAGACGACAAAGAUAUACCGUCUACUUCGGCAGCACAAAAUGUGCAUACUGUUCAUUUUGGCACGCGGGGAGUGGAAUCACAAAGACCCCACGUUAGAUCAAUUUUCAAAGAAAAAUCUGUAGAUACAUCGAGAGCAUCUAGCGCUGAAAGAGAACCCGGAGUUGAUGUUAAGGGAUAUGAAACCUUUCAUGGAACAUCAUCGAGUCCACGGAGUUCCAUAUUUGAUAUUUUUCGACUUCGAAGAAAGAGUGAUUCUAAAAAGCAUCAGUCUUUGAUGCACAAUGUAAAAGCUGCAUUAGGCAAUACCCCUAAAGCUACAGAAGCGCCUGAAGCUUCGAAAGAACUUAAUGCUGAAGAAUCAAAAGAUUCUCACAAGAAAUAUUAUCAUACUGUAACAGGAGCUUCCUCAAGAAAAUCUAGUCCCAUUACAAGGGUAAUGGAUAUUUUAUGGAGAAAACCUCACGUGGAGGCAAACCAGGCGGCCAUUGAUCCCGCCAAAAAGAAAUCUGUUAAGCAACCACGUCGUUCCUCCAUUGGAACUACUUCGCCCACUUAUCAUAAAAAUUCCUAUGCUUCUUUGGAUCCUCUACAAGCAAAACAAUUGUUUAGGGAAGUUAGAGGUCUUCCUAAAUACGAUCCCUAUUUAUCUAUAGUUCAAAUAUCUUUGGGUGGUAGAGACAAGACGAGGCUGUUGUUGAAUUUUUUCAAAUAUCAUAAAUGUUACGAAAUUCUACCAAAAUCUGCAAAAGUAAUAAUCUUUGAUACACAGUUUUUGGUAAGAAAAACCUUUCCUACUCUUAUCUCACAUGGUAUACGCUCUGCUCCACUGUGGGAUGCUAAUAAAAAACAACUUGUUGGCAUGAUAACAGUUACUGACUUCAUAAGGAUUUUGUUGCACCUUGAAAAGGAAAAAUUACCAGUAGAUGAACUUGAAAGGCAUACACUUCAAAACUGGAAGAAGAUAUUGCGACCAACACGGAAACCUUUGUGUAGUGUUGGCCCUGAUCAAUCUUUACAUGAGGCUAUAAAUAUGCUGAAUAAGAAUCGCGUGCACAGACUUUUGUUAAUUGACCCAUUUAACGGAGAUGUAUUGUAUAUUUUGUCCCACAAAAGAAUUUUAAGAUUCCUGUUUGUGUAUCUUAAUGAAUUUCCGGAAUUAACAUUUUUUCAUAAAACGUUGACUGAAUUGAAAAUUGGUACAUUUGAUGAAAUUGUGUCCGUGACAGAUAAUACUAGUAUUAAAGCGGCAUUUCAGCUCCUAUUAGACAAAGAUAUAUCAGCGUUGCCUGUUUUAGAUGAUGAGGGCAAGUUAAUCGAUGUUUAUGCAAAAUGUGAGGUAUUGAAUUUAGUUAGCGAAAAACUUUAUUCUGAUUUGUCAUUGACAAUAGGUGAAGUAAGAAAUAAAAAGAAAGACUGGGAAGAAAAAUUACAGAAAUGUCGAUCGAGUAUUUCGUUGUACGAGGCCUUAGAAGUCAUAGUUAGGACAGAGAGUCAUCGAUUAUUGCUAGUGAAUAAGGAUAAUAGACUAAUAGGAAUUGUUUCGUUGUCAGAUAUUUUAGUAUAUUUAAACAGAAUUAUUCCAACUGAGAAGAAAGUUUCGUCGCUACAAGAGAUAUUUAGACCCCUAGAGGAAAAUAAAGUUGACGAAUCAGCAAAGGAGACCGAGAAUGAAAUAAUAUCGAUUCCGGUACCAAAUUUAGGACAACAAGCACUGUCUGAGGGUGAUGAAAGUGUCCCCGAAGUAAAUGAUGUUGCAAGCGCCCCAGGAGAGAACGAAGUCGCUGACGUAGAAACAACGACCAAAAGUGACAUAGAAGUAGGAGAGACGUAGUACAAAUAAAAAGGUAUAAAUAAAUAUGCACAGCCUCGUCUAAAUACUAAUCUUAUUUAAUGUUGAUAAAUAUGCUCUUUUGAAAUGGAACGAUAGGAACAAAUAUUAUUCCAAAGAAAAAAUGUGAUAGGUGAAACCGCCGAAUCAGUGUAUUAAUCUCAUAGAUCGCUUUAUGCUUGUAUUAAAUUAUAAUAGUGUAAUUUAACUUCGUAAUCGUUAAUAGUUGCAUCAAAAUACCACGUGAUUGCCUUAUUCAUUAUUUAAUUUAUGAUUAACAUUGCUGAACUCAAUAAAAUAUUUUAGCAAA